CAGAUGGAUUUUGCCCAGUUGUCAUGGAAAUGGACAGUAGAUGUUUAAAUUUCAAUUUUUCUGAAGAAUUACAUCUUUGAACAUCUACAAUCCAUGAUAAAUCCAUGUCCCGAGGAAGAUUUGACUGACAGUGAACAGCUCCCCAGUGAACCGUGUGGUAAGACCAACAAACCAGUGUUAACCCACAUCUGAACAAAUGGAAACUCUAAGAAGAAGAGAGACGUAUUUCAUAGAUAUGGAGCUUGAAGUUGAGCCAGAGCAGACUGCUGCAGGAAGGCGGCACAACGUCACACUGUUCAUUAUCAACUUCAGGAAUCGCCGCCUGACGUCUGAGAACCUGGACACUCUGUCGGCGUUCAUGCCCACACUGGAGCGCCGCCUCACUGGAGAACCUGAACCGCCUGCGUCGCUGAUGGCGAACGUCAGGACAGACUGCCUGAGAUCACCCUUCACUUACAAAGACGAGGACGUGGAGAAUGAUAGACUCUGUUCUUUGGUGGCAAAACCAGCACGGGUCAUGAUGACGCCUGCAGGCUUUAGGCUUCCUGCUGGCAAACUCCUGUCUCCAACCCACCCAGACAAAGUUCACAUCAUGGUCCUGAAAGCAGACCGGAGGAACAGCAUCCUCACUUUGGAGUGGGACGGCGUGCCUUUCAACAGGGUCGUGUCCCCCGUCUACAGGGCUACAGAGGAGCAGGUGAAGGGCUGGUUCAGGGUGUCUGACUACACUCAAGAUGGCCACAUGACACUGUCAGUGUUGUGCUAUUUCCCCAUUGUGGAAGAGGAGGAUAGGGUGCGACGGGAGGAGCCUCAGAAAAAGAGGGAGAGGGAUGAAGAGGAUGAGAGCAGCGCUGAUGUCCCUAAACCAAAACGCCUCAGAGUGUAAUUGCCUCCGCCGGUGGGGGGGGGGGGGCCACCUCAAGUGCCUUAAUGUGAAGGAGCGUCAAGAGAUUCUCAUCCUGUUGGUUUGGCUGCAAACCAUCCCAGUUUGAACUGAAGGUCUCAACUGAUGAAUCGUAACAGACUCUGUCUGCUCCUCAGCUCAGAGAGUGUGUUUGACUUUGUACAGCCAGAAAAUUUUAUUUUCAUGAAUAAAAAGAGAGAAGAGAAAAGAUCCUGUUUUCCUCAUAAUUUCACCAUGGCUAACGCUUUUUAGUGUGUUAACAUAUAGAUUUAGACUAUCACUGAUUCUUGGCUGAGCUUCUACCAGGAUCUGAAAUUGACCCCUGGGGACAAAUAAAGUUUAUUGAAUUGAAUUGAACCAGGUUCUUCUAUCAGAUAUAACUGUUAUCUGUUACCCAUACCCAAUACACCACAGGAGUUCACCUCACAGAACCAGUCCUGUUCCUGGAGGUUCAAUCAGCCUUGAUGUCACAGAUCAACAGAAAUCUGAAUGUAUUACUUUGCAGAUGAAGAUUAUGAAAACAAAUCAGAUCAACCUAUAAAAUGUGGUGUGUCAGAUUAAAGUA